AGAGGCAGGGGGAAAGUCUGAGGGAGUCUGAGGGAACCGGUGGGCAGGAGGGAGACUGUUUGGACGACAGGCUGCAGGAAACACUGGUUUUAAAAAUACACCCCCGGCUGCUAGAAAUAGAUUCAGCUCUGGACAACUUAACGAGGAGCAGAGAAACUUCGGUGCGCUUUUGGGAAUCUAAAAAGUUUGGAGGCGCGCAGGAGUCCGUGCGGGAUCAACCAGAACAACAGCGACAGGACUUUUCAGCUGACACUGUCUCCUUCAGAAAAAAAAAAGGAGGAACUGAAACGACGGGAUCCGGUUUUCAUUUCAGCGGAUAAUCACAUUUUUUCAGCAUCAGAGUCACAACAGCAAAACUUUUUUUUUUUUUUUUUUUAUUUCCUUCCCAGCGCAACAACAACAACUUUCGGAUCAGCGAGCUGCUGAGAUGCGCUGAUGGAGUCCUGCGCUGUUUCCAAGAUGACUGCUCUUCUCGCGAAGCACAUUUUCAGAACAGCCAUGAGCCGCCGGUCCAAAUGGUCGGUUCUGAUCCUCGUCGUCCUUUUAACUGCUCUGAGAUCAGUCACCGCCGGAGCAGUGACAGAUAUGGAGUUCGAGCGGAGUCCCGCGACUGUCAUCUCGUCGCUGGGCAAACCUGUGAAGCUGCAGUGCUUCCUGAAGGGCUCGGGCGGCGAGGAAGAGGAGCCUCCUGACGUGCAGUGGCUGAGAGACGGCGUCCCCCUUCAGUACGCGGACACCAACCAGUUCCAGCUCCACACCGGCAGCAACACUUGGACGGUCGUCAGCACGCUCAGUAUUGAGAAGGUCCAGAUUCCUGACAUGGGCUCCUAUCGAUGUGCUGUCGUAUCAGAAAGCCACCAGACUUUGUCUGAGGAGGGGAGCAUUCAGCUGGAGGGCCUUCCUCAUUUCUCCGUGGAGCCCCACCACAUGUCUGUAGUGGCCAACGUGUCCCUGAGUCUGAGCUGUGUGGCCCACGGACCUCCGGAACCGGUCAGGGUCAUCUGGCUGCAGGACGGAGCGCCACUCAACUCGCUUUCAGACCCGGUGGCCCUGUCACCCUCCACCCUCAACCUCACAGGUUUGAACAGAACCAGCACCUUUUCUUGUGAGGCCCAUAACCACAAAGGCGUGGCCACGUCUGGGUCUGGUACCAUCACUGUUCUCCCGUCGCAGCCUCACAAGCUGAGAGCCGUGGAGAUCACGCAGACUAGUCUCCGUUUGUCGUGGGAGCCUGGUUUCGGAGGCGACUACCCAAUAAUACGUUGCACUGUUCAGGCCAAACACGCGGGAGAGUUGCUCAAAGCCGGCCCAGAUCAGAUGAUCCACAACCAGAACGUGAACAUCCCGCCGGCGACGCACCUCGUGGAGGAUCUGGAGCCUCACAGCCUCUACGCUGUCAGGGUGGCCUGCCACAGCAGCCAGGGGCCCUCGGACUGGUCGCCCUGGGUGGAGCUACGCACCAAAGAAGGAGUGCCAGAAAACCCACCUGUUAACGUGACGGCGGUGCUGAACGGGACGGAGGUGCUGAUGAUGUGGGAGGGGCCUCCAGGAAAGCUGAAUGGGGAACUGCAGGGCUUCAUGGUGGAGUACAGCACACCUGCUGCACAGCAGUUUGUGGUGGACACCGGAUUGGACACUGAGCUGUCGAUCAAUCUGUCCCUCCCGCUGUCCAACGUGUCCUACCGAGUCUGUGCCUACACAGGGGCGGGACAGGGACCCUGGACCCCGACCCAGACUCUGACCCUCAUCACUCCAGAGAUGGAGGAGUUUAAAGGUCCGAUUUCGCCCCCGGCCUUUUCCUGGCACUGGUGGUAUGUGGUGAUGGCCAUCGCCGGCGCCGUGUCCAUAGCUGUGCUCAUGGCUGUUUACGUGGCCAAGCUGCGGCGCAAGGAGACGCGCUUUGGAGAGGCGUUUGAGCCCAUGAUGGAGAGCGGAGAGCUGGUGGUCAGGUAUCGCGCCCGCCGUACCUACAGCCGCAGGACUACAGAGGCAACACUGAACAGCCUGGGCAUCAGCGAUGAGCUGAAGCAGAAACUCCAAGACGUGAUGGUGGACCGGCAUAAACUGACCCUGGGAAAGACUCUGGGAGAAGGAGAGUUUGGCUCUGUGAUGGAGGGACUGCUGACUCAGGAGGAGUCGGUUCUCAAAGUCGCCGUCAAGACUAUGAAGAUCGCCAUCUGCACUCGCUCAGAGAUGGAAGAUUUUCUUCGUGAAGCCGCCUGCAUGAAGGAGUUUGACCACGCCAACGUCAUGCGGCUUCUAGGUGUGUGUCUGCAGACGGUGGAGAGUGAAGGUUACCCCUCCCCUGUUGUCAUCCUGCCCUACAUGAAACAUGGAGACCUGCACAGUUAUCUGCUCUACUCCAGGCUGGGCGACUGUCCUGUGUACCUCCCGUCACAAAUGCUGGUGAAGUUCAUGACCGACAUCGCCCGAGGGAUGGAGUACCUCAGCAGCAAGAACUUCAUCCACAGAGACCUCGCUGCUCGCAACUGCAUGCUGAAUGAGAACAUGAACGUGUGCGUGGCCGACUUCGGCCUCUCCAAGAAGAUCUACAACGGAGACUACUACAGGCAGGGCCGGAUCUCAAAGAUGCCGGUCAAGUGGAUCGCCAUCGAAAGCUUGGCUGACCGAGUCUACACCACCAAGAGCGACGUGUGGUCGUUUGGCGUCACCAUGUGGGAGAUCGCCACGCGGGGUCAGACUCCGUACCCCGGCGUGGAAAACAGUGAGAUUUAUGAUUACUUGAGACAAGGAAACCGUCUCAAACAGCCUCCAGACUGUCUGGACUGCAUCUACGCCCUGAUGUUCUCCUGCUGGCUACUGAGCCCGAAGGAUCGCCCGUCCUUUGAGUCCCUGCGCUGCGAGCUGGAAAAGGCCCUCGAGGAUCUGCCGGACCCUCAGGACCCAGAUGAGAUCCUGUACGUCAACAUGGACGAGUCCUCCAUGGAGCUGGGGGCCGUCGGUGGCCGCGACCCCAUCGGAGGGCCGUCCCCUCUCUGCCUGAAGGGCCUGGACUCUGUGACCACAGUGGAGGUCCACCAGCCGAACCGCUACGUCCUCUGUCCCCAGCACGAGACCAACCGGGCCCUCUCCGACUCCCUGGAGAGCCUGGACAUGCCGGUGUCGUCCUCCACAGCCACGCUGCCUCUACAGCCGUCCUGCCACUCCACUCCGAACCCAACCCCGGCUCCCACCCCGACCGUCGAGCUGCUGGAGGACAGGGAAGGGUCCAGAAAAAUGCCCUGGCAGUGAAAAAGUUCACUCGGAAAAAAUGACAAGACUGGUCGCUGCCGACGUGUGCGAGAUCCGGCCUCGUGCUACCGACUGUAAGACACCCGACGUGCCCCAUGUUCAUUUGCACAAUUACACACACACACACACACACACACACACACACAACCGAAGGCAUUCCAAGGAAGUGAAGGAUUAUUUCCUUCGUCGACCGCCUCGCUUCUAGAAUGAGCACAUUUCCAACCGAGAGUGAAAGUUAAUGUGUCGUUUGUGCAGAAAACAGUGAGGCGAACGAGUUCAGAGCACAAUGUUGUCGCCCACACACACACACACACACACACACUGCAGCACAAUCACAGAAAUAGUACCCAGUCGCUUUAGCAAUAAAAUACCAACCUACCUAAACACAGCAGAGUGAUGAAGCUAAAAAAAAGAAAGAAAAGAAAAGAAAAGAAAUCAAAUGUCUCUGUGAACCAGCUCAGACACUGCCAGACUGAAUCUACAACCAAACAAACUCAGGAGCUCGAACUUUACGGGGAGCAAACGCCGACAUGGAGGAACCUCACACACCUGAAUCCACCUGGAUCCACCUGGAUCCACCUGGAUCCUGCUCCUCUGUAACGCAGAGCAAAAGCAGCUCGAGGAUUUGGGGAAGGUUCUAUCGAUGGAGGUCUUUGAAGGACAAUGAACGACUUUUCAGGCCAAAAUCUACGACGACGUGGUUGUUUUUUGGUUUUUUUUCCUUCCUUCCAGUCGGUUUUUGACAGAAUUUUUGACAGAAUAAACACGUAAUCGUUCGACAGGUUCACCACAGCAACAACAGCUGAACAAUGAUCAAUUAAAGAGGCAACCAAAACUCCACCGCCGGCUUCAGAGACUUUCACGUGAAGCUGUUUUUGAAUGAGAGGCUCCGUCGUGGCUCCUUCCAUACCAACACACCUGCGACCUCCCGACUCGUGUCGCUGAUUUCUGAUAAGCUCUAAUCCAAAUGUUUUUCAAAUUACGAAUUUUUAAUGUUUGGCCCUCCGAGCUAAAUUUAAUGAUGUUUGUGUUUAUUUGCAUUUGUGUUUUAAGCCUCAGACGUGGUUUUUAUUUCUCACCGGGUCGGGUUGAAUUCAUCCUGAACUCCAAUGAAACAAAAAACAAUUUGACUUUACUUUUUCCCACGAAGGUCCUUGACUUGACUUCAUGGUUUUCUUUAUUUCUUGAUACCUAUCGAGUCUGUUUUUCAUCCGGUUCAAGGAAAUUUCGCACGUGACAGUUGGGCGACGUCUUCGCUGAGUUGGUAUGGAACGACCCUCACUCUUUAAUCAUGUAGCGCUCCAACAACUCCUGCGUCUUCUCCAGGAGUUCCACUGAAACGUUUACAGCUCUCUCAAGGAAACGCUUUUCUUACUGAAGUCCUGAUUCUUUGUCGUAACUCAGGAAGCUGAGACUUUGCUCGACAGGGACGGAGGUGCUGGUCCAACGAAAUAAUCAGCGGCGGGCGUACGGACGGAGGGCAGGUACGGACACGAUGGCGUUACCUGAGGCAAACGGCGGGAUAAGCUCCCUGCCUUUGCUUUUGGCUCAAGCACAGUGUUAUUACACAUUUUGUGAUUUUAUUUUUUUUUCCUAUGCUGAUUUUUGUAUUCCUACAACUUUGCACUAAUGUUUUGAGUUUUUUUUAUAUCGAUGUUUGUGUUUGUUUAUAAUUUGUAUAUCUUUUUUUUUUUGUUUGUUUUUUACACUUUGGGGGACAUUGUCAGUCGUCCUGCAGACGUCUCUCAUGAAAUCACUCCACAUGUAACAACAUGUAUUUACAUAAAGGCAGAGAGAGAGAAAAGGCCUGUGAAUGCAUCCAAGGGCGUUGAACUUUUUUUUUUUUUUCCUGUAAAUGAGCAAAGUAAAGACUGGGAAACAUGACUAACCUCGUCAUCUGACAUCAUCCUGCCCGCUCUCCUAUUCUGGGAUAUUUGUGUUUCUCGAGGUUUGACGCUGUAAAUAGAAAGUCUGUUUCCAGCCGAGUGGAGGAGCAGCAAGUGUGAUCGUCCAAACCUCAGCGUCAGCUGCAACUUUGCAUCAUGCAUGCACUUAUUUUUAUAUAUAUACUGUACAUAUAUAUAUAUAUAUAUAUAUAUAUAUAUAUAUAUAUAUAUAAAUUGCUUUAGUUAAUAAUUCUGUCAUUUGAGCGGGCCAAUUUCAAAGACACAUUCUGGGAGAGUAUUUGUUUAAAUGAGUUGUAUACAUCAGAGGUACGACCACAUCAAACAGCACACAGUUUAUAUUUGUAGCAUUACUGAGAGUACUUGUUAAGAUAUGAGUGCAGCAUUUCUUACAAAACCUUUGGUACUGUAAACCCAGUGAUAGUCUCACAUUGUAGCCAGAGCUGUCGAUUAAUCGAUCUGUCGAUUAGUUGCCAACUUUUUUUAAUAUUUGAUUCAAUCAUUUUCCAAAAACAAAAGUCAAACAUGUGCUGCUUCCAGCUUCUGAAACAUCAGGAUUUGUUGCUUUUCUGUGUGUUCGUGACAUGAAAUGAAGAGUCUCCGGUUUUGGACUGUUAGUUGGACAAAAGAAGCGUUUGGAAGACGUCACGUUGGGCUCUGGGAAACUGUGAUUGUGUAGACUAAUUGAUUGAUUGUUAAUGAAAAUAACUGUUAGCUGAGACUGAAGCUCUGGUCCAAUUUGGUCUGUAGGUGUAUUUCACCAGUUUGAAUGCAGACAUUGUGUUUUUGGAACAUUUCUGUCUUUAAAAGUGUCUCUGAACAGCAAGAAAAACUGAUCUUCCAGCACGUGCCGACAGUCAAUUCAGCCUUAAAUCUUUCACAAUUGAACCCUCAGUGCCUUCGGAGAGCCAGUAUUUGUGAGUAGAUCUACACACAGUGGACGUGUGUGUGUGGGUUGUGAUUCUCUUGUUGUGUUGAACUGGGAGACGACUGCACCGUAACUGCCUUUAUAUUGUCACUGUCAUGUUUUGUAAACAACUUUUUUUAUACAGUACCUGCAGUAUUUUGUAUAAGAAAUAAACGUGUUCAUCAUGA